CCGCCUUCUGUUGGAAAUGCAGCGCUGAAUCUGUUCCAUCCAGACAAGUGACCGGGGAAGUCUCAGAUGCCAUGCUCUCAGGAAUCCAGACUCUCUAAAGCCAAUGUCGCAGAAUCAACGCUUCGCGGAAUUGAUAAAAGUCCAUCUCCCGGAUUCAGGCCGAAGCGGCGGGCGAGGCAGAGCUUGUAGUGCUGCAAAUGCCGGUGACAGAUGGAAGCCGAGGGGCGAACGCGUUAGAUACGAAAAUAACAAGUCCUGAACUUGGAGCAACAUGCCCGAGCACUUGGAGUCCCUAUUCAUUGCCGUCUCUGCUAGCAUUUCUAGAACGCGGGCCAGCUUUCGCGCUACACCGUUUGAAGGUCGUCUCGCGUUACGGGUUGGCCCCAGGCUUCACUACCGGUGCUUUUGAUGAUGCCUCGUCUCUUCCGUCUCUACACAAGCUUGGCUCUUCCACACUGGCCAUCAAUCAUCAUCUCGGCCUGUCUCGAGGAUGUUUCACUGCAGCAUGGGAUCUAUCCCGCAGCCCUACGAGCACGGGAGAGGAGCAGGGCCACUGAAGAACAAAAAAAGUCGAAAAGGGACGCGUAUAUGCUGCGAUGGUUUAAUCGGGAACUCAAUGAGACGAUAUCAUCGAGAAUGCACUCAAAUCUGAGCCGAGCUGAUUGGCCUGACUCGCCCAGAUCAUUUCAUUGGAAGAUUCAGGUCCUAGACCGUCGAGCAGCUAGCAGGCUGUGCUCGUUAGUCAGGCCUAUAUAACGCUCAAUGUGAGGAGAGCCCUCGGGGGUCACCAAUGCAUCGUGACCGAGACAUGUCACACUCACGACACUUCUCUGCCUCCCACCACCAGCACUCAAGCGCCCUAUCCACCACUCUCGUUAACGACCAUCAUGCACGCUACUGCCCUCAUGUUCAUCUCCCUCCUCGGUCUCGCUCAGGCGCAUCCCGUCCGAAGAGCCUUGACUGACCCGCAAGUCCUCAACUUUGCCCUGACGCUAGAACACCUCGAGUCCGCCUUCUACGAUCAAGUCCUCUCUCGUUUCUCGCCCGCCGACUUCUCUUCUGCUGGAUUUCCAGACUGGGCACGUGGGCGAUUCAAGCAGAUUCAAGCGCACGAGGCCUCUCAUGUCACCUUCCUCACCACUGCUCUGACGGCUGCUGGUGCUAAAGCAGUCGAUAGCUGCCAGUACAACUUCGGUAUCACCGAUGUUUCUUCUGCGGUGGCUGUAAGCGCUAGUCUUGAGGCGGUGGGAUCUGCUGCGUACACUGGCGCAGCUCAGUACAUCAACGAUAAGAACUAUCUCACCGCCGCCGCGAGCAUCCUUGGAACCGAGACGCGACACGCCGGUUGGAUUGCUUCGGCGGUGCUACAUGGCAGUGCCUGGGACACAGCUUAUCAAACCGCCUUGUCGCCUAGUCAAGUAUACCACAUCGCGUCAACGUUCAUCAAGUCGUGUCCCUCCUCAAACUCUGCCCUCCUCCCCUCGCUCGCUUCCUUCUCACCGCUCACUGUGACGAAUGCUCAACCAGGCAAAACUGCGACCGUCAAGUUCUCUGCGCCGAAAGACUCGCCAUCUCAACUGUUCGUCGCGUUCAUAUCUGGUGUCGGUGCUCCGCUGUUUGUUCCCGUGCGCGACGGCAAGGUCCAAGUCCCGAGUGCUUUGGCUCGGACUGGAACUGUGUUUUGUGUCAUCACCAAGGAUGGUGGGCGAGCUGACGACGAUACGAUUAUUGCUGGGCCUGCUGUCGUGCAGUUUCCCUUUGGAUCGUCGUAGAUACAGUGUACCCAGUUGCGCGUUGUGUACGAUUGCGAUGAAGAUGAUCAGCAAGGAUAACAUGCAUGAUUGGCCACCUCGAGGAUUGCUCGCUUGUAAGGACAUCAGUGGAAUACUGAAAGAAAAUUGACAGGAUGCAAGGAAACUAGCAUAUAGACAUGUACAUUGGAGACUAUGGACUACAAUCUCACGCAGAAGGGGAGAAAGCUUUUGAGUAGAUGCCAGCUUGAGAAACAUCCAUAUGCACCGGAAAAUGAUGUAGAUAAACGUAAUCGACAACCCUGUGAUCGGUUACGCAACACGCUUAUUCCUCGGCU